GAACUCAUCAUUCGAAUGAUCUCAUGUGAAUCAUCACAUACGUCACAGAAUCAUAUGAUCGACAUAAGGUUAAUUAUAAAUUAAGAUAAAUGAGCAAAAGACAAAUUUAAUAUAGAAAGCUGACUGCUAUUACACGAUUUGAAAACAGCAACAGUUAUAAACUUUGCUAUUAUAAAUGUUUUCACUGUCAGAGGGAGUAACAGUGGAUUUAUAUUCAAGAUUUAGAUGAUUGUGUGAAAUGGAAGGAGACCACUUCCCAGCUGUCUCCAGAAGAUACCGCACGAAAUAAUGUUAGAUUCAACUAUUAUGUCUUGAGUACAGGUUCUUUCUUCUGUCGAUCUGGUGGCACCAAAUUCGGAUUUUGUUGAAGUUUAGACCAUCCAUAAUGAACUCCUAUGAUCAAUGGUAUUCCUACUAAGAACACAAUAUUAUCGUUUACCCAUUUCCCAAAUUUGGCUCCUAACAUGAUGUACUAAAAGGUUGGAUGAUAUAUGAUGCAAUACCACAAUCAGCUUCAACCAUGGCUGUAGGAAGUACGAAAGUGGUGCAGGUCACCAACAUAGCACCCCAGGCGACCAAGGAUCAAAUGCACACGCUUUUCGGCUUUCUUGGUAAGAUCGAAGAUAUUCGUUUAUACCCCACUAUUAGAGACGUUUCUUGCCCAGUGCAAUCUAGAAUAUGCUAUAUCAAGUUCACAGAUACUUCUACUGUUGGUAUAGCCCAACAUAUGACCAAUACAGUCUUCAUUGAUAGGGCACUGAUAGUUAUACCUGUAUCAAAUGGGGACAUUCCAGAUGAAUACUAUGCAUUAGAAAUGACCAAAAAUGGUACUGUCGUGCCUGGAUUGACCAUGGGUGACCCAAAGUUACCCCCUCAUGUGCAAAAUGUGACAUAUGGCAUUGGUACAACUGAACAAUGUAUCAUGACCAAAGAUUUAAAGUUGGAACAAGAAGAAUUACCUCCUUAUCCCCCAUUGCCUUCCACAUAUGACGGAGCUAAGAUUGAAGAAACUAGAAGAACUGUUUUGAUUUUAAAUGUAGAUCCCUCAUGGUCCAAUGAUGAUUUUAUUGAAUUUUUCAGUAAAGCUGGUGAGGUUAAAUAUUUGAGAACAUGUAAAAAGGGGGCUGAUGAGUCUGAAGCAACUCAUAUGCUAGUCGAGUUCACAGAUCAAACAAGUGUCAUAAAUGCUCUAAAACUGAAUGGUACUGAGCUAAAUGGUAAAUCAAUUGAAAUACAGCAUGCAACACAGCCUAUUGUGAAGCCUCAAGCUAAAAGCAAUGAAGAUGCACAAAAGGAGAUCGAAGAAGCUAUGUCAAGAUUUAAAGAGGCACAAAAUAUGAUUACUGCUUCUAUAGAACCUGUUAUUGGCAUGUUGACCAAGGACAAACGAACCUCAAGAAGAUCGCGGUCUAGAUCAAGGGGUAGAAGAAGGAGAUCCCGGUCAAGAUCAAGAUCUAGGAGAAGAUCAAGAUCUAGAAGACGCAGGUCACCAUCUCCUAAGAGAAGAUCCAAGUCUCGCGAUCGCAAACACAGAUCAAAGUCAAGAUCAAGGAGGCGAUCCUCUUCGAGGAAAAGAUCAAGGUCAAGACGUAGAUCAAGAUCAACAAGCAAAUCAAGAAGACGUACUAGUCGGCACCGUAGCCGGUCUAGAGGUAAGUCAAGAGAUAGAAAAUCCAGAGAUCGCUCUAAAGAUAGAAAACGAAGCAAGGAUAGAGACAGAAAGUCGUCCAGGGAUCGCGAAUCCAAAGAAAAAGUGAGAGAUAAAGGUAGAGAGUCAAAGGAAAAACGCAGUGACAAGGAGAGCAGCUUUGAUACGGAAAAGGACAGGAAGAUAUACAGAUCGAGAAGCAGAAGCCAUCGCAGAUCAAGGUCUCGGGACCGCAAGAAAGAUCGCAAACGUUCGCGUUCCAGGGGUACUCGAAAGCGUUCCCCAUCACCUCGAAAAAAGCGCAGUCGGUCCAGGAGCAGAGACAGGAAACUGGAAAAGAAAGACAAAGAUCGGGACAGGAAGGACAGAGAUAGAAAGGACAAGGAUAGACGAAGUCGGUCUCGUUCGAGGUCAUCUAGAUCCACAAGAUCGCACUCCAAAGUACCUAGAAACUAUGAUGAAGAGGAAAAAGGUUAUGACAAGGAAAAGGGCCACGAAAAGGAUAAAGCUUCAAGUAAAGAGAUGGAACCUGAAACGUCAUAUGAUAACCAGCAGUCACCUGAGAGAUCUGACAACAUUGGUGACAAUAUGGACAUUUCAAAUUCACCAUAGUUUCUUCUGAUAAAAAUCCCUUGACUAUAUUGUUUGUAGCAUGCUGUACUAUCAUUUACAGUAUUUAAACUGUAAACUAGUAAUCUACACUAAAAUUGAAAACACAAGUAGAUACAGGUGUAAUGUAACAGAAUCAUUGUAUGGAAAAAAAUGACUUUAAAAUUUAUUGAAACUUUUUACUUUAUUGAAAUUUUAAAUAUUUAGUUUGAUUAGUUGGUUAUAAUCUUCUUGGUUUUGCAACAAAGUAAUAACAGAUUAAAUUUUUAAAAAAUGUUACAUGGCACUUUUAUCCACUUGUGUCUUUAGUUUUAAGUUUAUUCAAAUACUAG